CAACAAAGCCGGUAUCUCCGACUGAUACUGAAGCUACAACAGAGUCUGAUAUAACAGCUACUAGUGUCACAACAGAGCCGGUAUCUCUGGCUGAUGCUGAAGCUACAGCAGCGUCUGAUAUAACUGCUACUAGUGUCACAACAGAGGAAGUAUCCCCAACUGAUACUGAAGCAACUACAGAGUCUGAUAUAACUGCUACUCGUGUCACAACAGGGCUGGUAUCUCCAACUGAUACUGAAACUACCCAAGAGUCUGAUAUUAGUGUUACUUAUUUCACAACAGAGGUGGUUUCCCCAACUGAUACUGAAGCAAGAACUGACAUUGGUCGCGGAACUACUGACUUCAAGACGGACUCGG